ACCUAACUAUGUAAAGAGGUUCUUGGUGUGAACUGCCCUGUCAGUCUCCUCACAGCAGUGCAAAAACCUCUGCUUUCUGACACAGAGUGAGAGAGAGCUAACCAAGUUUCACAAUGACAGACUACUCCACAAACAUGCGGCUGAGACUGCCGCUGGUGUGCAUCAUCUUGGAGGUCAUCCUCAUCAUCCUGUUUGGUGCCCUUGUGGAGUAUGAUGAAGACACUGAUGCCAAGAAGUGGAACAAGAACAACCAUACACACACACAAGACAUGGAAAAUGACUUCUACUACCGCUAUCCCAGUUUCCAGGAUGUACAUGUGAUGAUUUUCAUUGGCUUCGGGUUUCUCAUGACAUUCCUGCAGCGCUAUGGCUUUAGCAGUGUUGGCUUUAACUUCCUCAUUGCAGCCUUUUCUCUGCAAUGGGCAACACUUAUGCAAGGCUUCUUUCAUGGCAUGCAUAAUGGCAAGAUCCAUGUUGGAGUGGAGAGCAUGAUCAAUGCAGACUUCUGCACUGGCUCAGUGCUGAUCUCAUUUGGAGCUGUGUUGGGCAAGACAAGCCCAGUCCAGCUGCUGACAAUGGCGAUAUUUGAGGUUACAAUGUUUGCCAUUAAUGAGUACAUCCUUCUCAGUCUUUUUGAAGCAAGAGAUGCUGGAGGAUCCAUGACCAUCCAUACAUUUGGAGCAUACUUUGGACUCAUGGUGACACGUGUGCUGUACAGGCCCAACUUGGACAAGAGCAAGCACAAGAACAGCUCUGUGUACCAUUCUGACCUCUUUGCCAUGAUUGGAACCAUCUACCUGUGGAUGUUCUGGCCCAGCUUCAACUCGGCCAUCACUGAUCUAGGAGAUCCCCAGCAUCGCACUGCCAUGAACACAUACUACUCACUGGCUUCCUGCACACUUGCUACAUUUGCUUUCUCUGCUCUUGUCAGCCAUGACGGAAAACUUGACAUGGUGCACAUUCAGAACGCUGCAUUGGCAGGUGGUGUUGCUGUAGGAACAGCUGGUGAGAUGAUGCUGACUCCUUUCGGUUCCAUGAUAGUGGGAUUCCUGGCUGGAACAAUUUCAGUGCUGGGAUACAAGUACCUGACACCUAUUUUGGAAUCAAAGCUGAAGAUUCAAGAUACAUGUGGUGUUCACAACCUACACGGUAUGCCUGGAAUCCUGGGAGCCAUUGUUGGCUCAAUCACUGCUGCAGCAGCAAGCAAUUCAGUAUAUGGUAACGGGAUGGGCAAAGUGUUUCCACUCAUCUCCAAAGAUUUCACUCCAUCUGAUCAGGCUAUAAGGCAAAUUAUCUCGCUGGCUGUGACCCUGGGUAUGGCCCUGUUUGGCGGGCUUAUUGUUGGAUUCAUUUUAAAACUGCCUAUUUAUGGAGCCCCACCUGACACUCUCUGCUUUGAGGAUGCAGUCUAUUGGGAGGUGCCAGGAGAAGAGGAAGGCCAUAAUGAACUGACUGCUGUAAAAUCAAUUGAUGAAUCGGAAAAACUCAAUGCUUAAAAGACAUGCCUGCCAUUGUGAGUGAGUGCUUGUUUGUGAACAUACAUGUGGGCCUGUGCACAUAUAUUGACAUACCAGUCGAAAUAUAUACGAUACACACUCAAGGCUGAGGAUGAUUACAAGAUUAUCUGUGCUCCACUCGAGAUAUGAUUUUUGAUUUUUUUUUUUUUAUAUAUAUAGACUUUCAUAUUUAGAAUGUUUUAUAAAUGAUGUCUAAAAGUCUAAAGAAUUUAAACAUUAUUUAGGCUACUAGAGUUUAUAGUUUAUUAAAUAAAACAAAAACAAACAAAACUAAACAAAAAAUAAACAUAAAUCUGUGUCACUGUAAAAACAGGCCUUAAAAACUUUAAAAUGCCAAUCUGUAUGCAUCAGUAUUUACCUCAUUGUGUUAAAUGCUGAAUUCUCAGGUAUUUUUCUCAAACAGAAACCCACCAAGCUGUGUCCAAAUCUACUGUUUGCAUAAAAUGCUGGCAGCUAUAAGCAACAUAUGUGGAUUAUUUUCUGAGAUAAUCAACAACUUCUGUGCUAAGAAAUAAGUAUUUACUCUAUAUCCCAGAUUAAUAUGCCACAAAUGUAAAAUGGUAAUGCUAGUGAACCUGAGUAGAAAGAUGUCAGUAAGUCAACAGUCGACCAUGUGACAGUACAUACUGUAUUUCCAGGCAAGGUUUAUUCUGACUGCUAAUGUUGCUACCUCCUGCAAAAUGAACACUUAAUACAACAGUGAACAGAACGGCAAAGCAGUGGCCGCCACACACUAGCCUUCUGGAGUACUCCCUGUCCGGUACAUUUUCUUACAUAUUGCAGUUUUUCCCUCCAUUAAUCUCCCUAGUUCAACCGAAAAGGCGCUUACGGUGUGGAAAGGAUGAAAAUUAGUUGAAAAACGUGCACGACAAGGAGUAUUCCACUAUAAUAAAAAUGAAUGCAUCCUGUUUGACCAGCAGAUGGAGCCAUUGAGCUAUUGGCUGAGCUGCAGCAGGAGGACGGUAGUCGAAACAACGGUUUGCGUGGAAAUACUUGGUUAAGCUCUCAUUAGUUAAACAUGUCCCAUAUGUCAGUGUACUGUAUAUAUUUGGUCAUCUAUGACGUAUGACAUUUAUGAAACAAUUGUUUUCUUUUCUUUUACUGCAGAAUGUAUGCAAAUUUAAAUUUUACCUUAACUCCUUAAUAAACGAUAAAUGAUAAUAAUGCCUUUAAAAAAUAGUUUUAGUUUGUUUAUGCAAACAUAAAAUGUAAUGAUUUUUUUUUCAUGAAGUCCAUAAAAUGUUUGUAGAUUCGACAACUUUAUCCAACAGUGUACAUUCAAUAAAGA